AUGCCUGCCGUCAGGGGAGAUGGAAUGCGAGGGCUCGCAGUCUUCAUAUCAGACAUACGAAAUUGUAAAAGCAAAGAAGCGGAAAUUAAGAGGAUCAAUAAAGAGCUGGCCAACAUAAGAAGUAAGUUCAAAGGUGACAAAACUCUUGAUGGAUAUCAAAAAAAGAAAUACGUGUGUAAACUCUUAUUUAUCUUUUUGCUGGGUCACGAUAUCGACUUCGGUCAUAUGGAAGCAGUCAACUUACUUUCAUCCAAUAAGUAUUCUGAAAAACAAAUCGGGUAUUUGUUCAUAUCUGUGUUGGUUAAUACCAACAGUGAUCUAAUUAAGCUUAUCAUCCAGAGCAUUAAAAAUGAUCUGCAAUCACGUAAUCCGAUACAUGUCAACUUGGCUCUGCAAUGCAUUGCCAACAUUGGCAGCAAAGAUAUGGCUGAAGCAUUUGGAACCGAAAUCCCCAAGCUUUUGGUCUCAGGAGAUACUAUGGAUGUGGUGAAGCAAUCUGCUGCUCUAUGCCUAUUGAGACUCUUCAGGAAGUCACCUGAAAUAAUUCCAGGAGGUGAGUGGACUUCUCGAAUCAUACAUCUGUUAAAUGAUCCACACAUGGGAGUUGUAACAGCAGCAACAUCUCUUAUUGAUGCUCUUGUUAAAAAGAAUCCUGAAGAGUAUAAGGGUUGCGUAACACUGGCUGUUGCUAGGCUGAGUAGGAUUGUAACUGCUAGUUACACAGAUUUGCAAGAUUACACAUAUUAUUUUGUGCCCGCCCCCUGGCUUUCUGUAAAACUGCUACGUUUGCUGCAAAACUACACUCCACCAUCGGAAGAGCCUGGUGUAAGGGGCCGUCUAUCGGAAUGUUUGGAAACUAUUUUCAAUAAGGCUCAAGAACCACCAAAAUCUAAAAAAGUGCAACAUUCUAAUGCUAAGAAUGCAGUCUUAUUUGAGGCCAUCAGUCUUAUUAUACAUAAUGACAGUGAACCUAAUUUACUUGUGCGGGCAUGUAACCAGCUUGGCCAAUUCCUUAGUAACCGUGAGACAAAUUUAAGAUACCUUGCCCUGGAGUCCAUGUGCCAUCUAGCUACAUCAGAAUUUUCCCAUGAAGCUGUCAAGAAACAUCAGGAAGUUGUCAUUUUAUCCAUGAAGAUGGAAAAAGAUGUAUCAGUCCGACAACAGGCUGUAGACUUGUUGUAUGCCAUGUGUGAUAAAACUAAUGCUGAGGAAAUUGUUCAAGAGAUGUUAGCUUACUUGGAAACAGCUGACUAUUCUAUAAGGGAGGAAAUGGUUCUAAAGGUAGCUAUUUUGGCUGAAAAAUAUGCUACAGAUUUCACAUGGUAUGUGGAUGUGAUUCUUAAUCUUAUAAGAAUUGCUGGAGAUUAUGUAUCAGAAGAAGUUUGGUACAGAGUCAUACAGAUUGUAAUCAACAGAGAAGAAGUCCAAGGUUAUGCUGCUAAAACUGUGUUUGAGGCAUUACAAGCACCAACAUGUCAUGAAAAUAUGGUGAAAGUGGGUGGCUACAUUCUUGGGGAAUUUGGAAACUUGAUAGCUGGAGAUACACGAUCCUCACCUCAGGUUCAGUUUGAGCUACUUCAUUCUAAAUACCAUCUGUGUUCAGCUGCCACAAGAGCCCUUUUGUUAUCUACCUACAUCAAACUUGUGAAUCUCUUCCCUGAAAUAAAAAAUCGUGUCCAAGAAGUAUUUCGUGCUGACUCCAACUUACGAUCAUCUGAUGUUGAAUUACAACAAAGAGCCUCUGAAUAUCUACAAUUAAGCAUUGUCGCAAGUUCUGAUGUUUUAGCUACAGUAUUGGAAGAAAUGCCUGCAUUCCCAGAAAGAGAAUCUUCAAUCUUGGCUGUUCUAAAGAAGAAGAAGCCUGGCCGUAUUCCAGAUGAUGUGAGGGAGUCAAAGAGUCCUCAACCCACAGCAGCACCUACUGCUGUGAUUAACUCUACCAAUAAUACAAAUAGCUCUAGUGCUGAUUUGCUUGGACUGUCCACUCCUCCUGGAACUACUGCACCAGCAACUGGUAAUGGUUUGCUUGAUGUACUUGGAGAUCUCUAUACUGCUCCAAAAAUCAGUCCAAGUACAGUUCAACAAAACAAUAUCAAGAAAUUUUUGUUCAAAAAUAAUGGUGUUCUCUUUGAAAAUGACCUUAUUCAGAUUGGAGUAAAAAGCGAAUUCAGACAGAAUUUAGGAAGGAUCGGUCUAUUCUAUGGAAACAAAACUCAGUUCCCCAUCCAAACUGUUCGCCCUGAACUACACUGGACUGAUUUGCAUAAAUUGAAUGUGCAAAUGAAGCCUAUGGAACCUGUACUGGAAGCAGGUGCUCAGAUACAACAAAUGCUGACAGCUGAGUGUAUUGAAGAUUUUGUUGAUGCUCCAAGUAUGUCUGUUUCAUUUGUGUACAAUAAUGUACCACAAAAGAUUACUAUGAAAUUACCACUUACAUUGAACAAGUUCUUUGAACCCACUGAAAUGAAUGGAGAAUCAUUUUUUGCAAGAUGGAAAAAUUUGGGAGGAGAACAGCAAAGGGCACAAAAGAUUUUUAAGGCUCAAGGUUCUAUUGACAUACCUGCAACUCGCACCAAAUUAGCUGGGUUUGGUAUGCAGCUGCUGGAUGGUAUUGAUCCUAACCCUGACAAUUUUGUGUGUGCAGGAAUUGUUCAUACUAGAGUACAGCAGUAA